UUCAGUAGUAGCGUUUUAGCUUAGUUAGCAUUUAGCGGAUAUCUUGAGAGCGAGUUCCUAACAAAUCUAAUAAACUGACAGUAAGAAGGGCAGGACUUUAAAUGGCUUACUGGAUCUGCUGCAACUCCUGCUUCCUUUACCCCAGUACUAACCGGAGAUUAGCUGUAACAACAUGUGGCCAUAUAAUCUGCAGUGUCUGCCAUCAACAAGGCACACAAGGAAAAUGUUUGAUAUGCAACACCAAGUGCCAAGUGUCACCUCUCUCUGAUACAAGCAGCUCAGAGGUGAAGGCCUUGUUUUCUGACAUCAAUGUUGUGGCAACCAAACACUUGGCAGAAAUCAGAAAAGUUAUGAUGUUCCAGACAAGACAUAACAGUAGACUGUUGAGUUUCUACCAGCAAAGGAAUGAGAAACUGGAGGAGGCAUUAGUCAAGAUGAGACAUGAAAUACAGCAAAUGUCAAAGAAGCUGAAUGAACAGAGCGCCUACAUCUCAAAGCUAGAAAACUGUCUUCAGCAUCAGAGUGUCAAAGCUUCGUCAGGGUCUCAGAGGAGCUACAGUACUCCACACGGACAUAAACCAGUCUUACAGAUCCCAUACAACUCUCCCAUGUGCCUUUCACGGCACUCCUCAUCCACAAACGUCAAUGAAAACAUGGCGGCUGAUGAACGAUUCAGGAAACCUCAGUCUGUGCCGCGACUGUCAUUAAUUAGUCUUCCGCAAGAUGAACACAUGGGUACACGCCCUCACAGGUCGUCCAGUCAGAACACACUGACCAAUCACAUGGUCCGCUCAUCAACAGUCAGUCAUUCUCAUGGAGCACCAUCGACGCCAGAGUUUUCAUUUGGACUGAGUUCUGGAUGGACGUCUCCCAUCUUCAAAGCCCCCACCUCCUUCAGACACUCCAUGUCCUCGCUGGUCUGCCCUCGUCCUUAACAAACACACAGGCAGCAACUGACACACAAAGCCUCAAGACCAAAAAUGUCCACUGUCGUCACUUUAGAACCGGCCUGAGACAAGGACAUUCAAACAAGGAUAAACAGAUUUUAGCCACUUAACAAAAGGCUUUCCUACUCUACAGCAUCUUAGACAUGCAUUUGCUGCUUUAUCUCUUCUUUUAAAAAGCCUCUUAAGACCAUAAGAGUAAUCGACAUUAUUCUUAAGAUAUUGUAGAUGUAAGCAGGCAUGGAUUCAAUGAGCCUCGCUGACUGAAAACAACUAAAUACAAAAUCUCUGGAGCCUAAAUUCACAGUCCUCUUUGUGAGUUUUAUCCAACUACCCAGGUUUCAUAGAGACUAUUACGCUGACUCAGUUUGAACUUCUGCCACAAUUUAACUGUAUAUGAAUCAAUAAAGUCAGAUUAAUUGUU